ACAACAGCCCUCCCUGGCCCUUUGAACCACACUUGAACUGCAACGAAUACGAAGUGCGCUUUUCUGUUUUCAGACUACCUGCUGUCUAUUCAGUGCAUUCAGUUCCAAAGAAACAUACAUUUUUCACGCAAAGUAUUGAUUUUGGGGUAUUUAGCGAAAGAUCCAAUACCAGGAAGAAAUCCACUACAUUUUUGAGGCGGUCACGGAAGGUACAACCUGUUGAAGGCAGUGCCGGUUUUCAAGCUAUUAUCCAUCCACCAUGGCUUCAUUGCGCAGCUUGACAGAUGAUAUAGAUCUCUAUCACGAGGCCUUUGCUAUCUACCAUCGCAUCGCCGACCGGGAUAACGUUAUGGCCGGUUGGGUUGACUCUAAAUUGAGUGAGAUAGUCAGCGGUUGGAGCGUCAGCCUGAGUGGCCAGCAGCCGUUGAAAAUUCUCAGCAUCGGACCAGGAAAAGGUGAUAUUGAAAGCAGGAUUAUAAGCGUUCUCCGCAGCUGCAGACAGCCCCAUCAUAUCGUCCAUGCGACCAUCGUAGAGCCCGCUGCUGAGAUGGUGAACAAGUACAAGGAGCAUGUUGCUGAUCAAGCAUCGGAGCUGCCAAACGUGGCUUACGACUGGAGGGUGCAGACCCUGGAAGACUUCCAAGCCACGCCCACCAACCACGAUGCGAGGUUCCAUUUCAUCAGUAGCGUGCAUUCUAUCUACUACGUACCGGACCUCAAGACAUCUCUCAAGGAUCUGUACGACCGGUUGGAACCAGGAGGGAUAAUGCUGAUUGUAGUAGUGUCAGAUGACUCUGGUAUGGGCCAGCUGUGGAAGAGCGAUCUACAGAUGCAUAAAACAAAGGACCAGCACCCAACAUCCUCUGACAUCCAGGUAGCGUGUGCCAGUCAGGGCAUCCCUGUGGCCCAGGAGCUUCGAAUCAAGGUGCGCUCCAACAUCACCUUCUGCCUGGGAGAGCCAGAGAAGCUUUCAACGGACGGCCGGCUGCUGCUAGACUUCUUUACCCACACGGCCCACUUUGUCAGGGAUGCCCCUCCUGAUCUUCAGCGUGACGUCCGGGAGUGUCUGGCGAGUGCCAAGUGCUCCGAGAAAGGAGAAGAGGGUGAGGUCAUCUUUAGAGGAGACUGGAAGGCUUUCAUUAUCAAAAAAUGAAGCUGGUAGACAAACAACCUUCUCUAGAAAGCUGUAGUCAUAGAACAGUUUCGAAGUUUAUAAUAAUAAUAAUAAUAGUAACUUUUGUAUAACCACAUGUAAUCAUGAUUCUUGAAUAUAUUAUCAGUCCUAGAUCAGACUGGAUGCUGAAUUCACGGCAAAUGUAACCUUUUAGCCAAUGGAUAAUUCAGCACCUUCAAUAAAAUCUUGGCAUCGGUUAAGCCCGCUUUUGAUUCUAGACAACGAGAAAAAGAACGCUCAGGAAAGUCAUCCUGUUGUAUACCAAAUCGUAUGCUGCAAUUCUCAACUAAAAUUAAGCACUAAAAUUAAACCAUUAAAGUGUCUCAAUGAGAAUUGGAAAAUUGCAAGGUUUUAUUGCAUGGUUUUAUUUUGUUUGUAAAAUAUGCUCCUCUAUUCUUAGCUCCAACCCUCUCUAGUUUUGGACACUUUCAAGAGGGCCUAUAGUGUUCAACCAUGUUUCUGCAGCUAAAUAAACCUGAAUUAAAAUUCUGUAACACACAUUUUUCAAUGAGAGCGGGUUCAUAAUAGCUGGAGUUUGUCAUGUACUUUCUUUGCCUUUUUGGUACAAAUUCAAAGGUGUGAUCUAAGAAUUGAGGUAUUCGAUUUAAUGUUUGUUGAAAGUGCUGAAGGUCAGAGGAAAUUUUCCCAUUGCAAAAAGAAAAUAAAAAGUCCUCAGGAAAGAUGAAGCGAAA